AUGGUGCAGAGGCUGGUAUCAAGGGGUAUCACGGUGACAGUGGAUGACGUCGAUCCGUCGAUCACGUACAGCGCUGGACAGUGGUCAAGGAACUCGAACAGCGCAGACGAACUGUUCAGUACGGUCACAAAAACCGUGACUUUUGGAGCUACCGCAAGCUAUGAUUUCACGGGCACAGCCAUCUGGGUGUACGGUCAAAGAAUCGUGGGAUCGCAGAUCAAUGCCUCCUUCCUUCUCGACGGCGAGAACGUAUCCUACAUAAAGGACAUCACGGAAAAUCUUGAACAGCACAAAGUCCUCUUCUUCAACAAGGCGAACCUUACCGAUAGCAACCACAGCCUUCUCAUCACAAACUUCGGUCAAUCGCUUUACCUCGACUUCCUCCAGGUCACCGUAGACGGUGCUUUGCAGUCCUCUUCGACGCGAGACCCCGGAAGCUCCGCCCAGACACCCACCACUUCCACAUCUCCUGGCGAUGCAGGCGGCCGCGGCAAGCUUAGCUCCGGCACAAUUGCGGGGAUCGCUGUCGGCGGUGUCGUGGUUGUGCUGCUCUUCGCGCUCGCGUUGUGGCUGUGGGCGCGGCGCGCGUGGAGGCGCCGUCCGAUGAGCCAGAAGGUCCUCACCCCCUUCGCUGGAGUCGAAAAUGACGGCACACAAAACCCAAGCCCAGGUGCGGGCACGUACGACAUCGACCCGCACCGGCGGCGCGCGACGCCCCCAAGCGCGAUCCCCUCGUACGGCUACACGCGCACGAAGCGCAUCAUCCCGGACUCCUCCACCUCGACCGCGUUUCUCGUCCCCACUGUGGGGAGCUCGUCACCCGGGUACGGGCAUGGACGGGACUCGCCCCCGCUGGCGUCUGGGCUGCGGUAUGAACCACGGAUGAGCGGGACUACCGCUGCGGACGCGGCAGGCCCGUCUUCGCAUAGCCGUGGGGUGCGUCCGGAGUCGACCGUGCUGUCUUGGACGGGCGCGGACGUCGCGACGGACAAGGCCGUCCUCGCCGUGCCCGGGCUCGGCGUUGCCGUCCUCGGUGCGAUCAUAGCCGCCUUUGCCUCCUUCUACUCUUGCUACUGGACCCCGCGCAAGGCCCGCAAGGCCAAGGAGAAAAAGUUGGAGAUGGGGCACUCUGCGCCGCUGGUGCCCAUUAUGAAGAACGCCUACGUCGACAACCCCGCAUACAUUCUCGCGUCCCCCGCGCCCUCGCGCGCGCCGACCCUCCCGCCUAAAGACAAGCACAUCCGCACGCUCUCCAACCCGCCCCUGCCGCUCUACCACUCCCGCUCGCCCCCGUCGACGCACACGUCCCGCCAGACACACCGCAACUUCGCACCGGUCCCGCCGCCCACGGCGCACCCGCGAGGGUACGCCCGCCCACCCACCGCCGGCCCCAGCGCGGUUCCCAGCGUGGAGUACACCCACCCGCACCCGCACGCAGCGCCAUACUUCCCCGCGCCCCUCCCUGCCCCGCUCCACCGCCAACCGCGGCCUCAGUUCCAGGCCUUCGCCGCCGCCGGCCCCGCGCAGCCGCGCACGAGCAGCUUCGACGAGGGACGCGAUCGCUCCCUGCCGGACACGCGCUCCGCGCAGUGGUCGUCCGCGGCGUCGUAUGGGGGGAUGUCCCCGCACUCGCAGCUGAGCGCAGGCACGAUCCCGGACCUCGGCCUCAUCCCGAGCUCGUCCCAGAUCCGGCAGCAGCUCACUGCGAACCCGCUCCCGCGGCCCCCGGAGGACCGUGCAAGGACGAUCGUGCGCGCGGCGCCGACAUCGGCGGCUGCGACUGCGUCGGACAGGUUGGUGGCGGCGGCGGGUAACGGCGGGCAGCGAUAUGGACACGGGCGGUCUGCGUCGCGCGACGGAGCGGCGACGAGGGAGACGGGGAAGGCGAAGGAGAGGCGGCGGUCAUCCGUGGACCGCGAACGGGAGGGUGAGCGACGCGAGCGGCGCAAGUUGAGGCGGGAGUCGGCCCGGACUGGUUCGCGUGACGGGAGCAGCACCGGACACGGGCACCACGACAGGGUCUGA